AUGGAUUUGCGAGAUGAUGAGGUGACUAUCAAAGAGACAACCCAGCCAGCUAAAGGCGGUCAGGGAUGCUACAGCUCAGGUGAGCUUAAGAUGAAGAAGGUAUCUCCAACUUCUUACGAGUUCAUCAAAGUCGAGCGACGAGGUGCCCAGGAAAAUGUGGGCCUAGUGGCCUUCAACCGCCCAAAAGCCCUCAAUGCCAUCUCCAAUGGACUGAUGAGCGAGCUGAUACAGGCGCUGAAGACCUUUGACCAAGAUGAGAAGAUUGGCGCCAUCAUCAUCACCGGCUCGGAGAAGCUCUUUACCGCUGGCGCCGAUAUUAAACAGAUGGGCGCCCAGGACCUGGAGCAGAUCUUCCUCAGCCGCUUUCCCGCCCAGUGGGACCAGAUUUCCACCGAGGUCUCAAAACCGAUCAUCGCCGCCGUCAACGGCUUUGCCUUCGGCGGCGGCUGCGAGAUUUCGAUGAUGGCUGACAUAGUCUACGCCGGCGAGGGCGCUCAGUUUGGCCUGCCUGAAGUUCGAAUUGGGACCUGUCCCGGGGCGGGGGGAACUCAAAGGCUAACGAGGGCCAUCGGAAAGUUUCGGGCGAUGGAGAUGAUACUGACGGGGUUGCCGAUGACUGCUGAAGAGGCUUUAAAAGCUGGUCUGGUGAGCAAGAUCUUCCCAGCGGAAAGGCUGCUCGAGGAGGCGGUAAAGCUGGGCGAAACGAUCUCCGAGAAGACCUCAAAGCUGACCAGCGCCGCGGCGAAGGCUGCAGUGAAUGCUUCGCAGGAGACGACACUGAAACAAGGUCUGGAAACGGAGCGACGGCUCUUUCAGAUGACCUUUGCCACGAACGACCAAAAGGAGGGCAUGGCCGCCUUUCUGGAAAAGCGAAAGGCCAACUUUACCGAUUCCUAG